AUGAGUACUUUGAGCUGGAACUGUCGUGGCUUGGGCAAUCCACGCACAGUUCGACAGAUUGUGGGACUAGCAUCCAGUAAGAAGCCUGAUUUUGUGUUUUUUAUGGAGACCAAGGUGCCACGGGUACAUGCAGAGCGGAUCCGUGUUACGCUUGGGUAUGAGGGUUUAUUUUAUGUUGAUAACGAUGGAUUGAGCGGAGGAAUGGCACUUUUAUGGAAAAAGAAUAAUACGGUAAGGCUAUUAAGCUACUCGCAGAGUCAUAUUGAUGUGGAAAUAAGCUUGUUUAAUAAGUUAUGGCGCAUGACAUGUAUCUACGGCAUCCCCGAACGCAAUAGGCGGGAGGAGACAUGGGAUUUACUUAGCACUCUGAAGAAUAGAUCCUUGUUGCCCUGGGUGGUGAUAGGGGACUUUAAUAAUCUUCUAUAUCAGCGUGAGAAGAAGGGGGGAAAUCCGUAUCCUAAUAGUCUAUUACGGGGUUUCGGAGAAGCUGUGGACGACUGUGGUUUGAUGCAAAUGCCAAUGAGAGGCCACCAAUUUACGUGGCAAAAGGGAAAGGGGACGCCGAAUUGGAUAGAGGAAAGGUUGGACAAGGCUCUAAUAACGAAUGAGUGGGGUCUGAUGAAUGAGAAUGCAUGGUUGGAGAACAUUCGAACCCGGGCCUCGGAUCACUCGAUCCUUUUCCUCAAUAUUAAUGCGACCUGCAUGCCAAGGGGAAGGGGGCCGCGGAGAUUCAGGUUUGAGAUGGCUUGGCUGUUAGAUGAGGGGUGCAAAGAGCUACAACAGAGACAGGAUGCCAUACGGAAUAGGCGAGAUUUGGUGGCACUAACUGAGUACCAGCAGAUUGAGAAUUCCCUGAAACGAAUAGAGGCUCAGGAGGAUGUGUUCUGGAGGCAGCGAGCCAAGCAGCACUGGCUACGUGGGGCUGAUGCAAACACAAAAUUCUAUCACAGGUAUGCCUCGGCUCGUAGGAAAAAGAAUUUUAUUUCUAGUAUUAAAUGUGAUGCUGGUAACUGGGUGGAGGGAGAUGAUAUGCAUUCCACUAUAUUAAAUUACUUUGAUAAUAUAUUUGCCUCUAAUGGAUUGAGUUGUGAUGACCCACUAUUUGAGAUCCUAAGCCCACGGGUCACGUUAGAACAGAAUAUGAUGCUAGACCGCCCUUUUGAAACUGAUGAGGUUAAAGAGGCUCUUUUUUCAAUGUAUCCGGAUAAGGCACCGGGUCCGGAUGGGUUAAACCCGGGUUUCUACCAGCAGUUUUGGGAGAUAGUGGGAGGAGAUGUAUCUGACUUUAUAAUGAAUGCUUUGAAUUCUUGUGAAUUCCCUGAGGGGUUGAAUGAUACUAACAUUGUUUUGAUCCCUAAGAAAGAGAUGCCUGAGACAGUUGCAGAUUUAAGGCCGAUUGCGUUGAGUAAUGUCAUUUACAGAGUUAUGGCCAAGAUGAUAGCAAAUAGGAUGAAAAAACUUAUGGAGGAUUAA